GGAGUAUUAACGCACUUCGUUAUUCAUAUUUCCCGCUACACUUUGACAAGUUACCAGCAACUGGGUGUCGUUGGUGUCAGUAGUGUCUAGUGUCCCAAAAUGGCUACCAGUGAUGAUGAGCCUAUGCAUCAUUUAUAUGAAGUUUUUACCACUUGUUUUAAUAAAAGCGCAAACAAAGCGAUUGAAAAAGCGGGGUUUCAGCCUCCAUAUGGAGGACUAGAUAACGGAAUGGCUUACGCUCUGAGUCCUGCUGGCCCAGUAUAUACGGGACCCGGAGCCAGCCCGACGCAGGCGACGGCGGAGCCCUUCACGGCCGACAGUCCGUAUUUUCCGUUCAACGCCCGCCCCGGAAGCCGGUUGUCCCCCGCCAAGGCGAAAAUCAUCCCGGCGGGCCUGAGGCCCACGAAGGACGAGCCCACCGGUACGGCGACGGCCCUCGACGGACAGUGGGGAGUG